AUGAUAGUGCCCAGUCCAUCUACAAGGGCACUCAAUGAGUUGAUGUCCAGUAGUAUAUACAACUACUUGGAACAGGUCGAAUCAAAGCAUCAGCUCAACAAACCACAACAGAGACAAGAACCAGAGCCACACGCUUCGCAACCAGUCAAGCCAGUUUAUCAGAGGAUACUUGGCCACCCGUCACUACACAGCUGGGUAAAGUGGGUCAUCAUAUUAUACAUUGUGCGACUCCAGAACCCCAUACAAUGGGCCAAUUUCGUAUCUUUGAACAAACCGAUCCGACAGCUCUUGUCAUAUUACCGGGGUAGCUUCUCGGGGGUGCUAGGACCAGGCCAGAGAAAAGCCAGCCCAUCACCCAACGCCACUACCAAGCUUGCCAAUUGCAUCACCUGCGUGUUCCUAUACUUUGCCACGGUCGAUCUGAAAGCUUUUCCCAAAGACUAUGCUCUCGUCUCGUUGCUUAGCGCGUACCACGGGGAAUUGAACCCGCCUUCCAAGUCACAAAUCCUCGUGUCAGACAGUUUUUCCAAGCCAUUCAAAUUGUCCACGUAUAGAUCGUCAGGCUUGUACCAGCCCUUGAUGAAGAUAUAUCAAAAUAAAGAAUGCAUAAUAUUCCCCGUGUUGUACGCACAAAUAUUGAGCAACUACCUCACGCCGACUAAAUACAAGUUGAAUAUGAUGUACUUGUCCCCUUUCUUGAAGAGGUACAUCCUCAACCCCAUCUGGAUCAACUUCUCGCUCGGCCGAAACUACAGUCGCAUCAACUGGAAGAACUUGGUUGCAAACUACCUCCUCCACAAUGUUGUCGUUGCCGCUGCAGUUGCCGGCUACUCGUUCAAGGAUCGUAUAUUGGACAGGUUCUAUGCGAUUAAAUACGGACACGGGAAGCCCGAUAGCGAAUCGUCGAUACUUCAGAAUUACACGGCGUACGUCUUUCACAAGGCAAGCUCGAUCACCAACUUUAUCUACGCGCCUAAUCUCAUAUCCAUCUUACUAAUUGCUGUAUCGGCGCUGUUGUUCUCCACACUAGGGUCAAACAAGCACCCCCAAUUGCACCGGUUCUACAUGCACAACCAAAAGCUGGUGUUCAAAACAUAUACCAAGACAAUUGGCCUCCUUGCGGGAUUAGCUGCUAUUAAGCUCAACCAUUUGCAGCUAGUUCCCGACUGGGGGUACAACAAGCGGGUAGAGGCAGAGCACGCUGCAGGAAACAGCGCUGAUGCGAUCUAUGAAGAGGAUGUCGAAGAGGAACCCGCAGCCAGAUUGCUAUCUAAACAGUUCUACAAUGACCUCAACAUGUACUUGUUCAAGCUUGUUGUACUAUCCAAAUGGAGGAUCCUCAAGACCUAUCAUCCGCUAUUCUCCAAAGUCCAACUACCAUUGUGGAAUAAGCUAGAAACUGCGCUAAUGUGCUUUGGAUUCCUCAAGAUGAUGAACUUGAGUGACUUUGUCAAUGGGCAUAGGACAUUGGAGUCGGAACGAAUAUCAAAGGAUAGUAUGAUUAGAGUGGCCAAUUUCGUAUCCCAAUAA